AUGAUGUCUGUACAGAAUGCACCACUCAUCGACGAGACGCUCAAGCGAAGGUACUCGGACAAUGAGGACGUCAAACGGCGAAAGCUGGACGUGAGCGAGGAGCACGAUUCUGACGUACAGGAGGAACAUGCCUCAGAUCCAGACUUCUCGGGCAAAGUGUAUAGUUCGUUGGUCCACGCACUGGCCGCACAGCUCGCACUGCCUCGAAGCAAUACCGAGUCGAUCUCGUCGGACAAGCUGGUGCAAAUGCUGCGUGUUCUGACCGGCGAGGUCACGCGACUCGACAACAGGGCCAGCGUGGCGCUUGUGCAGGCGCUCCUCAAAAUCGACUGGUUUGAGUACGAGAGCGCCGACUUUUCCAGGGCAUAUUCCACCUUUCUGUCUGUACUCGUAUCUGGAAUACCGAAGUGGUGGAGCGAGGUGGCCACGAUGCUUGUUGGCGACUUCACCCGCAGAGAGCAUCUCGACUCGCACCAUAGUACGCUCAAAUAUAUUAUUCAGGUGAUUCCGACCUCGACGAACGCCAUUCCGGGCAUCUUGAAGCGUCAGUUCCCCAACAAGACUGCUCCCAAGGCCGACCUGGUGAACUACGUGCGCAAUCUCCUUUUUCUGCUCGGCUACUGCGACCAGGUGCGCCACGCCGUUUGGCAGCUGAUCGUGGAAAAUUGCAUUAAAUUGGACGUGGAGCUGCAGAACGAGCUGGAGGAGCUGGACGACGAGGAUCUGGAAGAGGCGCUGAACAGUGAUGAGGAGGACGACGACGCAGACGACGCAGACGAGCUCAGCGACGAAGACGAGUUCCUGGACGAGGAAGAGUACCAGGUCGAGAUACAAAAGGUCAGCAACCUGUCGUCGAAGCUGGACAGCGUGAUGCGGCUGCUGAUGGACUCCACGGCGCCCGUUUUCAAACAGGACCUAUCUGCGGGCAUUGCCCUGUUCAACACGCUGGCCACGCUCUUCAAGUCGCACGUUCUUCCAACACAUUAUACCCGAUGCAUCCAAUAUCUCAUGUUCUAUGUUGCACAGCAGCAUCCGGACCUCACAGACUCGUUUCUGGUCAUGUUGAUCGACAUCGUCUUCAACGUCAACGAGAUCGGCUCGAACAGAGUCAAGGCCAUGCAGUACGUGUCGUCGUUCAUUGCGAGAGCCAAGAGUCUCUCAAAACAGCAGCUGGUGUUUGUGAUCAAGUACCUCACGUCGUGGUGCUCUGUUUUCGUAGCCGAGCGCGAAAACGAAAUUUCCAACGGCCACGGCGGCAUGGAACGGUUCAAGAUCCUCUACUGCGUGUUCCAGGGCCUGCUGUACAUCUUCUGCUUCCGCCACAGAGAGCUCAAGAACGAAAAGGACGAGUGGGAGCUCAACCUCGACAAAUUCUUCAACAAGCUCAUCAUCUCGGGCUUCAACCCGCUCAAAUACUGCAACGAGACCGUCGUGCUGAUUUUCGCGCGGCUCGCGCAGCAGGUCGACCUCUGCUACUGUUUCUCGAUCAUCGAGCGCAACAAAAGAGAGAGACUCAACGGAAUCAAAAACAUGCAGGCCGGCUCUGUUUUCGAGAGCAAGCAGGAAUUCCUCGACCUCGAGGCGUACUUCCCGUUCGACCCGCUCAUUCUCAAACGCUGCAAGGAGCUUGUGGAGGAGCACUAUGUUGAAUGGGAGAGCAUAGACGACAGUGAAAGUGAAUAA